AGACCAGCUUACAGAACCAAUCCUGUAGAGACUAAAGAGCUGCAGAAACAAGUAGAAGAGUUGAUGAACAAGGGACACAUCAGAGAGAGCCUCAGUCCAUGCGCAGUACCAGUCUUGCUCGUACCAAAGAAAGAUGGUUCAUGGAGGAUGUGUGUUGACUGCAGAGCUAUUAACAAUAUCACAGUGAAGUACAGACAUCCGAUCCCGAGAUUAGAUGACAUGCUGGACGAGCUAUGUGGGUCAACAGUCUUCUCAAAGAUCGAUUUGAAGAGUGGGUAUCAUCAGAUCAGAAUGAAGGAAGGAGAUGAAUGGAAAACAGCUUUCAAGACCAAGCAAGGGCUCUACGAAUGGCUAGUCAUGCCGUUUGGUCUCACCAAUGCUCCUAACACCUUCAUGCGUUUAAUGAAUCAUGCUCUCAGACCUUUCAUUGGCGUCUUCGUGGUUGUGUACUUUGACGACAUCCUCAUCUACAGCAAAGGUCUAGAAGAACACUUAGAACACAUCCGCCAAGUUCUAAAUGUUCUUCGUUCUCAAUCCCUCUUUGCUAAUUUUUCU